AGUCAAACAAGCUGGGAGGGUGGUGUGGCCUCCAUGAUGCAAAACAAGGUCCAUGCCAUCUGCAGUGAAGGUCACAGUGGAGUAAACCAGCUGGGUGGUGUGUUUGUGAAUGGGAGGCCUUUACCUGAUUCUACCAGGCAGAAGAUAGUGGAGCUGGCACACAGUGGUGCUCGACCCUGUGACAUAUCCAGAAUUCUGCAGGUGUCUAACGGCUGUGUGAGUAAGAUCUUGGGCCGGUAUUACGAGACCGGUUCAAUCCGUCCUCGAGCAAUAGGAGGCAGUAAACCCAGAGUGGCCACUCAAGAGGUGGUGGGAAAGAUCGCACAGUACAAGAGAGAGUGUCCGUCCAUUUUUGCUUGGGAGAUCAGAGACCGACUGCUGGCAGAAGGGGUCUGCACCAACGACAAUAUACCCAGUGUAAGACAAGUGUGUUUAAUUCCUUCAGUUUCUGUUUCAUCAAUAAAUCGAGUACUCAGGAACCUGACCAGUGACAAGCAGCAAAUGGGCACAGUAGUGGCUGAGGGGAUGUUUGAUAAACUCAAGAUGCUGAAUGGACAAACCAACUGGGGGGGGCGCUCAGGGUGGUACGCUGGUACUACACUCACUUCUUGUCCACAGGCAGAAGGAGGGGAGAGCACCAUAUCAGUCAGUUCCAACGGUGAAGACUCUGAGGAGACUCAGAUGAGGCUUCAACUGAAGCGAAAACUACAGAGAAACAGAACGUCUUUUACACAGGACCAGAUAGAAGCACUGGAGAAAGAAUUUGAAAGGACACACUAUCCAGAUGUGUUUGCUCGAGAGCGCCUUGCCAACAAAAUAGACCUCCCUGAGGCAAGAAUACAGGUUUGGUUUUCCAACAGACGAGCAAAGUGGAGAAGAGAAGAGAAGCUGAGAAACCAACGACGUCAGGUGUCCAACUCCUCCAGCCACAUCCCCAUCAGCAGCAGCUUCAACACAAGUGUUUACCAGCCUCUACCACAGCCUACUACACCAGUGUCCUUCUCAUCAGGAUCAGUGUUGGGAAGGCCAGAUCCACUUCUGUCCAACAGCUACAGCAUACCAGCUAUGCCUAGCUUCAGUAUGGCUGCCAGCCUGCCGAUGCAACCUAACCAGACCUCUUAUUCCUGCAUGCUGCCCACCAGUCCCAGUGUAAAUGGAAGAAGUUAUGAGACAUAUACCCCUCCACACAUGCAUCCACACAUCAACAGCCAGUCAAUGACAUCCUCUGCAACGCCGUCAACAGGUCUGAUUUCCCCUGGUGUCUCAGUUCCAGUCCAAGUUCCAGGAAGUGAAGCAGACAUGUCACAUUACUGGCCACGCCUGCAGUGA